AUGCUUAACGCACCUAACAUUCUUGAGACUGAUGGUGGUCAAGAAUGGAAUCACUCUGAACAGCCUUACAUGCCGACAACAAUAGUCGGAGCUUCUGGAAGCAGUCCUCUCAUUUACCCUGCAGUGAAUAUCCAAGGUGGACCAUUUGCAUUAUCUACUCCUACGUCAAAUGGACACCACUGGUCUAUUCUUAAUGUUGAAUCCACACAUACUGAGACAGAAGCUUCUGAUCCACCCCAUGAUCCUUUUCUCCAUAAACCUGCUGAUACAAAUUCUCGUUUGGUCCCAAAUAACUAUUUGCAUGGAGAUUUCAAUAACCAGACUGUGGGCAAAGUGUCUCAGAAGCGUAAAAAUCCUUAUGUACCUCAAAUAAGUGAGAUGGGCUCCACAAGCAGAUAUUAUGAUGCUGGAAGUUCGUCGAAUUUGCACUUGCCAGCUAUACCAUAUCAGGAAAACCAAAAUGUAGAUUCUUAUCCUACAACUUGGAAGUAUCCUCCUGGACACGUAUUGAAUAGCCUUUCCAUCGGUGGUGAAAGUACACCGAGAAAUGUGAGAAGUAGAGGCAACGCUGACGUGGAACCCACUCCGGACAGGACUCGUUCGAGCAAUUUUCUUAAUCCUUUUUCGAGUCAAUCGUCUGACCAAACUACCUUAUUGGGAUCGAGUACCCUCAUACCACAAGCUGGUCAUGGGGUAGCUAUGGCUUCUGGUAACUCAUUUGCUCAUGACCCGAACACCUUGGGCUCACUAAACAGCCAUUCUAAUGUUUCUAUAGAGAGUGAGGGUUUAAGCAAUAAUGGCGGGGCAUUGAAUAGGAAUACUAUUCAUCAAAUUGCCAACUAUAAUGCGGACCAGUCUUUCGGAAAGAAUAUAAGUGGCUAUCUCCAGAGAACUGUCCCUACUCUUGGGGCCUCGUCGAGCAGCUUUCAAGCAGUGCAGCUAACGGCUCCAAAUGAUGGGCCACCAAUUACUUCAGAAAGUAAUUUCUCUAGACAUCGACAGGUCAUUUCUGCCAUGAGAUUGCUUAAUAGAGAAAGGAAUGUGAGAAUUGGGAUGCCGAGUGACAGAAAACAUGCUGGAAAUAUGUACCCAUAUUUUUCACUCGCAAAUGGCACUUUGUUUCAGCGCCUCUUGGCUUUGGGCCGUUCUGCAGUCUAUGGACCCAAUAAUCCUUUUGAUCAACACAGGGACAUGAGACUCGAUGUCGACAAUAUGAGCUAUGAGGAACUCCUUGUACUGGGAGAGAGGAUUGGAAGUGUCUGCACAGGCUUAUCUGAUGAUCUAAUUUCAAAAUGUCUGACCGAGUCAAUAUUAUGUUCGUCUGAUCAAUCUGAAGACGAUGGAAGAUGUGUUAUUUGCCUGGAGGAAUACAAAGACAUGGAUGAUCUUGGGAGUUUGAAAUGUGGCCAUGAUUUUCAUGUGGGCUGUAUUAAGAAAUGGUUAUCAAUGAAGAAUUUGUGCCCAAUCUGCAAGACAUCUGCCAUGGAUGAGAACAAAAAGGAUAAGUAA